AUCACGAACUAGGAACACAAAUUAUCUCAAUACAUCACUCUGGCACUCUGGUAGAAUAUCAUCAUCCCAUUAUUAGCUUGUGAAUCACAUCUUCCGUGUCACUGUACUAUGAUGACUCACCGUUUGUGAUAUAUAUUUUUGGAGACGUUUGGGAGAAAUUCUAGGAUAUUCUACCUCAAAUAUUCGACUACUUGUCUGAAUCGUGUGGUUGCUUUUAGUUGCUUGUAGUUGCUUGUAGUUGCUUGAAGUUGCUUAUAGUUGCUUGUAGUUGCUUGUAGUUGCUUGUGUUGAGAAUGGUGCAGAACUCGGAUGCACGGAAGAGACUGAGAUUCUCAGACUCCAGAAGCAGGACCCAGGUAGUUGGCAGGAGCAGGGACGAGGGGGCCAUGGGGGGUCAUCACAGCAGACAUUGGACCUUCAGACACGCUCGUACUGUGAGAUUUAACAGCCUUUACAAGAGAACAGAUCAGCCAUGGAUCCAGAAGAACAUUCCGUAUAAGAUAUGCCACACAUUUGUAGCUAACCCUACAUCGAAUAACAACGAUGGGGCCACAUGCUGCUGUGGAGCCGAGGAAAAUGAACACGAACCAGGAUACACUAAAGAUCUGGCAAUAACGGAGUGGAGCCCCGAUCUUCACAUCAGGAGACAUAACGGAACAUGUUUUGGAAAGAUAAAGUUUGUAGAGGAAGACGGGACUCACCAACCGGAUUAUGUCAGAAUCUCAGAUGACAUGUUGAAUAAGAAAUCUGGGACUAUGAGGGUCAUGGAACUGUUGGAGACUAGGUGGAGACUUCCCAAACCUAACCUCCUUAUUUCUGUGACUGGAGGUGCACAGGACUUCCACUGUCCUCCUGAACUAGAGAAGAGGUUUAAAAGGGGUCUCGCUAAAGCAGCUAAAAGUACUGACGCAUGGAUCACCACUGGAGGUACUAACACGGGAGUCAUGAAGCUGGUGGGUGAAGCGGUGAGAGGAACCUCAUUUGGUAGUCAGAUAGUUACGAUAGGGGUAGCAACAUGGGGCAUUAUUAAGAACAGAGAGCAACUGGCCGUGACUAACGAGAGAAAGAUAGUGAAAGAUUACGAAACUAAAGAGUCCCGAAUACGGAGAGGAGCCUUCUUAGAUCCCAACCAUACCCACUUUCUGCUUGUAGACAACGGUAAGCAGUACGAGUAUGGUGGAGAGAUCAAAUUCAGGGCCGCUUUGGAACAGAAAAUAUCUGAGCGAUACCGAGAAGGAAAUUACACUCUGCCUCAGAUUUGUAUUCUUAUUGAAGGUGGUCCUAACUCUAUCAAAACCCUUCUGGAAACCGUCAAACUGGGUAACCCUGGUCUAGUGAUAGCUGGUUCGGGCAGAUCAGCUGAUGUUCUAGCUGAGGCGUAUCGGCUCAGUUCACCCGAGGAGGCCAUCGACAAGAAUGGUGAUAAGAUAACGAUACGAGUGUUAUCAGAAGUCAACACAGAGGAUCUCAAUGUGGUAGUUAGUAAGAAAUUCCCAAAUAUGAGACCGGAAGACAAGGAUAAGAUUCACCGUGAGAUUAUUGAGCUUCUCAGUUACGAUAAAUUGCUAACGAUAUACGAACUCAACGACUCAAAGGAGUUUGAUUUGGCGUUGUUAGCUGCCCUGAUACGGGGAAAUAAGGAAGGGACAUCUUCCUUAGCCUCCAUGAAACUUGCCAUUACGUGGGACCGACCUAACCUCGCUUAUUCUUUAAUCCUUCCUAGUUCAAAGUUCUCCGAGAAAGAAAAGUCUGAUUUGUUGAGGAUUGCUAUAGUUCAGAACAAGCCCGUCUUCAUCAAAAUGAUGCUGGAACAGGACCUCGACAUGAAACAUUUCCUGACUCACGAAAUGUUGGCGAGCCUGUAUAACGAGAUUGAUAACACGGUCGUCUGCUUUAAAACACUCAGGAAAAUGAGCCAAGGAGGAGGAAUAAAAAACAAAGUAAAGGCGAAGCUGUCCCUAAUUCACAUAGGAAUGCUGCUGGAAGAGAUCUUGGAGGGUACCUUUCAGAGUACCUUCACUUGCAAGGAGUUUAAGGAUAACGAACUGGACAUGCAAUCCAAACCUUUUGAGAAUCCUUAUGAUGUGAUGGUUUUCUACGCAGUUUUCGUUGAGUCCCAAGAGAUGGCCAAACUAUUUUGGGAGCGUUCAAGAACACCCAUAGCAACAGGUCUCAUUGCCUGUAAGAUCCUCAAAUUCUUGGCGGAGACACAGAGAAAUAGAUUGAAGAGAGACGAAGAAAAUGAAAGGAAACUUCUCGAAUAUGCCGGCGAGUUUGAAUCUCUGGCUGUUGGUGUUAUGAACCAGACCUUCAAGGAUAGGAAUCACCAGAAGGAACUCUGGAUGGAGGUCCUGCUUAUAAAACACAUGAGUUUAGGUAAUCUGGAUUUGGUACAGUUAGCAUGUACAACAGAAGCUUCAAACUUCAUAGCUCAGGGAGCAGUUCAGACUUUGUUGACCGACAUUUGGUUAGGACAAAUACACGCAGCACAACACUGGGUCAAGAUAUUUAUAGCCGCCUGUAUACCAAUAGCAGGCCCCCUGUUUCUCAUGCGCUACACUAAAAUCGGUGCGAGUUCUGAUCCGGAUUUGGACGGGCAGAACAAAGGUAAAGAGGAUCCCGGACUGAAAGAAAUGGAUACCCAACUUGAGCUAGCCGCCCUGGAGAAUGGCAAAGAAGGCGAAGUCGAGACGGAUGGAGGGCAAAUUCCUGAAGAGAUGAUAAGAAAACGGAAGUUGACCACAUGGGAAAAACUGUUGUAUUUUUACAACGCCCCAUGCGUGAAAUUCCAAUACCACGUGGUGAUGUAUCUCCUUUUCCUCGGUAUUUUCAUCUACACGCUUAUCUUCGCUCGGCCCAACAAAAAGGACGAAUACAAUGAGGAUAAAAAUACCGACGGAGACUGGAUGUCCGGAUCCAAAUACUCCGGAUAUGAGAUAUAUCUUGUGUUGUACGUGAUAUCCACCAUUCCCAUCGAGAUCAUACAGGUCGUGGAACAAGUGCCGAAGACAAUACGGAUGAAACUGUGGCAAUAUUUGCAAGAUUUGUUCAACAUUCUUGACGUUCUUGGAAUAUUUUGUUUCCUGGGUGGAUUCAUUGUUAAGGCUUUUGGUGACAUCACCUUUACAGUACCGACUUCGGGUCCUCUGGAACUCCAGAAUGCUCACCAUUUACUAAUGAUACUGAGUUUCUUGAUGUACAGCGUUCGCUUAAUUCAGUUGUUCAGAAUAAACUCCAACAUGGGUCCUAAGAUCAUCAUGAUUGGCAAGAUGAUGAUUGAUCUGUUCUUCUUUAUCUUUCUCAUGAUAAUUUUCUUGAUCGGAUACGGCGUGUGCGCCCAGGCGUUGAUGAACCCUAACCAAGGGCUACACAACCCUGACUCGAUCAAAUCAAACGGUUCAAUAGUGUGGGAUGUCAUCUUCAGACCCUAUCUUCAUGUGUUCGGAGAACUGGAUCUUGAUGGGAUGUACGAUGAGCUCCAGCGAGGUCACUGUCCCGUUGGAGAUGAAACCUGCGAUGCGGACACUAUUAAACACGACCCCACUGGACAAGUCCACUACUACCUGGUCAUGUGCUUGUUGUUUGUUUACCUGAUGUUUGUCAACAUCCUUCUCAUUAAUCUGCUCAUCGCUAUCUUCUCUAAAUCGUAUGAAGAUAUUCAAGCAGAUUCAGACAUAGUCUGGAAAGUACAGCGAUCCCAGAUGAUCCAAGAGUACAAAGAUUUCCCCAUUUUCCCGCUACCCUUAUCUCUGUUGUACCAUGGUUAUACCUUGGUACUGUUCAUUUUCAAGUCUUGUAUGGGACUCUGCCGAGAAGACUCGUUGGAUGAAGAUAUUGACGAGACAGCAAUAUACCGGGUGAGUAUGAUAGAGGCUGAGAGUAGAGAAGAGUAUCAGUCCAAGAUGGAGGGGGAGGAGGAGAUUUCAACAUCUUCUGCUUACAGAGACUUGAAGAACGAGCUUGAUGCCAUCAAGACCAUGGUAAGACAGGGACCAGCCAGUUCGUCCUCCAAUGGUCAGACCCCAAAUCCCACGAACCUCCCCGACCAACCUCCCCGACCUCCACCAACUGCCAGCAAGCAAGCUAAGAACGGAUCACGCCAGCAGCUUGAUCGAACUAUUUUAUCGCGUUUGACGAAGACUAAACCCCUGAGGGUCCAUAUGGACAGCAGGAAGACCCCCUACCCUGGAUCAGAUGUUAAACGAUUCAUAUUGUCUGAUGAAAAGGUUAGCUGGUUUGUGAGAUAUCCCGAAUACCUCCCGGUGGACUACACAUCCCCUGAAAUAGCCGACCAGACGAGUGAUAUGGUGGAUCCAGCUGAAAUAACCCUCAAAACUAAAAUUCAGUUCAACAAGAUAAACUACUCGACAGUUAAUAACAAACAGUGGACUAUAGACAGGACCAGUCACCAUGGAAAGUACAAUGUUGUGGACGGUAUACCUCAGAACCCUAAAGGAAGGACUGGAGUGAUUGGUAGAGGGUGUUUACAAAGGUGGGGACCCAACCACGCUGCUGAUACUGUCGUCACCAGAUGGCACAGAGACGACAGAGGAGAAAUAAUGAAGAUUGAGGGGCUGCCUGUGCUGGAGUUUGUUGGAAUAUUUAGACAAGCUUUCAACGAGUGGGCUAUACCUGGUGGACGCUGCAAGCCUAACGAGCGGAUAUUCGAAACAAUAAAACGAGAAUUCAGCGAGGAAGCGCUGGCCAAUCUGUCCCGACCAGCCACCGAACAGACCCGUAUCUCUGAAAUGCUGGCGGAGCACUUUAAAUUGGGUAUAACAGUUUACAAGGGCUACGUUGAUGACCCCCGUAACACGGACAAUGCCUGGAUUGAAACCAUUGCUGUCAACUACCACGACAGUACGGGUAAAUCCUUCUCAAAGUUCCCCCUGCAAUCCCGAGCAGGGAUGGAGAGUGGUUCAGUGGGGGUUCAGUGGAUCCCAAUAGAUCAUAAUCUGGACUUGUUUGCCAACCAUGAGUGGAUUAUUGAGAAGGUGUGUUAUCAUCGGGAUGCUUAUAAUCCGAUUACGGAGCCUAAGAGGAAGGAAACCCAAGUUUGGAUGACUGGAUUGUGAGUUUUGUUUGGGUCGCAAGCGAUCGUAUGAAUAUUUGUUUUUACUGUCGGUAUAAUAUCAGGAUAGGAUGCCUAAAGUUGCAAUCGGACUAAAAACGUUUGCAUGUAGAGUUUUUGAGCGGGCAUGAUUGUGCAAAUAGAUUUCAGAGGUAUUUACAUUUAAAGACUGAAAGUAAACACGAUAGAAGUAUGAGGUUGUGAUGCUGAAAGCAAGGAUUUUUAUUUUAUUUUAGAUGAGGCUUAACUCAGAUAGAUUUUUCAUCAGUUUCUUUUUUAACAAAUACGAUUAAGUUUAACAUUGUCAGUUCAAUUUACUUUAGCUUAUAGAACUCCUGUAUUGUGAUUUGUGUUACGCGUGGAUGUUAUUAUCAUCAUCAGAUUCAGUUUUACUUUUUCUUUAAACUUAGCUAGAUUGGUUUAUAUUAGAGUUUUAAACUUUCCUUUUUUACAGAUUUAAAGAUUAGAGUUAGAGUGAUCAUGAUGAAAAUAAAUUAUCAAGCCUAUGUAUGUUUUUACGAGCGUCGUUUAGCUCAAGUUGCAUUAUUAAUUGUAAAUAGUUUUAUCGGUUAUUUUGUAGGCUGUUCAUAUUUUGAGUUAUUAGAUACAUAAUGCAUUCGAACUUGUAACUAUAAA